AUGAUUGAAGAUCGAAUCAUUCUGAACGUUGGUGGAAUCAAGUAUGAGACAUUUAGAUCAACGCUUACAGCGUACCCUGAUACAUUACUUGGAAUCAUGUUUUCAGAGCGAAAUAAGGAAAUGUUACAUCCAACAAAUGUCAAUGAAUAUUUUUUUGAUCGGGAUGGUGGAAGGAUGGAUAAUUUUGCUGGAUUCGGAGGAACGAGUUGUCCAACGUUACCAUUUACACGAGCGGAAUUAGAACAAGAAUUGUUAUUUUUUUUAAUUCCAACAAAAUCGGAUGAUGAUUUGAUUGAAUCUCUGUUACAUGAAGAAACUUCAAGCAUUAAUUCCACCCAAUCAUUGACAUUUGCAAAUAAAGCGGUAGUAGAUAAUGUUAAUGGAUUUUUAUAUGCGUUAAAAGAGGUGAUGUAUUGUGUGGCGUCAUUAUUUGAGAAGAAGAUCAUGAUCACAUUUUAUCACGACAGACAACAACCGAUUUUUAAACUAAUACCACCAAACCCAAAUAUCAUCGUGAACGAAUUGGCCCCCUUUAACGAGAAAAUCAAAAGUAUUUUAAUACCUUAUGCCGGCGUUGGUUAUACUUUAUUAAUGAACUUUGAAAAUGAGAUCGAGGCUUGGAUGAAGGAAGAGAUCAAAGAGUUAAAAUGGACUAUGGAAAAACCUGGUGCGGAAUUGGAAAUACCUUGGGAAAUGGUUCGACGACAAAUUUCUCAUCGUGAUCCAACCUUAGAAGGUGAGACGUUACUGUAA